CAGGAGAACACCUUUCCAAAGCCGAGGGAUAUUCAUGUAGCUCCUAUAACGCUUGUUUUAGGUGAGUCAUGACCGGAAAAAGGCAUGCUUGGUCCCGGAAAUGAAAAAAAAAAAAGACUCCUAGACAGGUACGUUCUCGAGUCUCUGUCGCUUGUUGUUGACUCGCUCCAAAGUGGAACCGAACGACCUCCAAGUGACGUUUUAGCGAGGAUUUUUUUUUUCUCUCUAUGAAAAGAAAGACCAAAUUUGUGGGAUCGUGACGCCUUUUCGAGGACUUUCCAAAGAUUUGUGUGGUGGAGGGGGAACAUGUCGUCUGGCGUCAAGGUGUGUGUUGGGGGGUGACAACGAGCUGUGAGCAAUAUCCUUUACAAAUCCUUCCGCCAUUGUCCACCGGCUGCCCGGUUCGAGUCCAAGCUCCCACCGCCCGCCGAUGGAGCAGGACACGCAAUGGUUGUAUCAACUAUUGGCCGACGUGCAGCUGGAGAAGUUCUACCUGCGCGUCCGCGACGGCCUCAACAUCACGCGCAUCGAGCACUUCGCCUAUGUCAAGGAGGGCGACCUGGAGCAUAUCGGUAUCAGCAAACCCGCACAAAGAAGAUUAUGGGAUGCACUAAAACGCUACAAGACAUCCCGAAACUGGCGCUCGGGGGUGCCCAAGGGGCCGAGCGGCCGCGCACCCGACGGCAGCGGCGGCGGCGAGCAUAACCUGGAUGGCGGUAGCCGGGCGCUCCCCAGCCUCAUCCAGGACUGUGAGCUGGUUCUCGGGGAAAGGCUGGGCUCCGGCUCCUUCGGGGUGGUCAAGAAGGGGGAGUGGCACACGCCCACUGGAAGAGUUUUGCCCGUUGCAGUGAAAUCCCUGCGGAGCAGCAUGUCCCGUCAUGCAGAAACCUUGACGGACUUUUUACAAGAAGUCACCAGCAUGCAGUCGCUGGACCACCCGCAUAUCAUCCGACUUUACGGCGUGGUGCUCACGCAGCCCCUCAAAAUGGUGACCGAACUGGCCCCGUUGGGCUCGCUGUACGACACGUUACGCUCGCGUCAGUACGAGUACCCGUUGGCGCGCUUGUGGCUCUUCGCCUGCCAGAUCGCGGCCGGCAUGGACUACCUGGAGACGCGCCGCUUCAUACACAGGGACCUGGCGGCCCGCAACGUCCUGCUGGCGUCCAAGGAUAUGGUGAAGAUCGGCGAUUUCGGCCUCAUGAGGGGCCUGAGCCACGAUGCCGACCACUACAUCAUGUCGGCGCAUCGGCGCAUCCCCUUCGCAUGGUGUGCUCCAGAGAGUCUCCGCGUGGGCUCAUUCUCGCAUGCGUCCGACGUGUGGAUGUACGGCGUCACCCUGUGGGAGAUGUUCACGUACUGCGAGGAGCCGUGGUUUGGCCUGUCGGGAAGGCAGAUCCUGUGGCGGGUGGAGCGCGAGGGCGAGCGGCUGGAGAAGCCGCCCGACUCGCCGCAGGAGCUGUACGCCGUCAUGAGGAAGUGCUGGGCGUGUGAGCCGGCCGAGCGGCCCGACUUCGCCCGGCUCAUCGCCAUGGUGACCGAGGCCAAGCCCAUGGAGGUCCAGGCCGGCCGGGAGUUCUCCGAAGCCAGGAAACUGGCGCUGGCGCCCGGCGACCUCGUGACCGUCGUCGAGCACGGCCUGGAACACACCGAGUGGCGUGGCCAGAACCAGAGGACGCUCAACGUGGGCUGGUUCCCUCCUUGCGUCAUCAUGCCACCCAUUCCGCCGUCGGUCCCUCCCGUUGCGGUCGCUGCCGCCAACCCAGCGCCCAACCCCGCCUCCAAUUUCAUCUCGGCCCCGGUGAAGGGCAGCCUGCACCACGCGGCACACGGAGACGUCCAUGUGGAUCGUAGUUGGGGAUCGCCCGACAACUUGGAGGAAAGCAGUAGCAGCUGGAGGCAAGCCAGAGAGAAGGAGGGCUCCAAUCUGAUCAAAAUGUCAGGUAUUUCUCGAAGCCUGGAGUCGGUGUUGAGCGGUCGGCAGUCCCGGGCGCCUCCGCCGGCCGCCCUGGGCAGGCCAGCGGCUCCGGCGAUGGCGGCGCGCAGCGUGGUGAUGCAGCAGGAUGUCCGGCGUUUCAGCGAGGCCAGUGUCCUGCCGCCUCCCCGCCCACCACCGCCCAACUUCAAGCGCGCCAAUUGGAAGCCGCAGAGGAGGCCUACCGUGCACCCGAUCCCGGGCGCCGUCUGGCCGCCGCCACCACCUCCACCGGCGGGGGGCGCCAACCUGGUCAAAAUGGCCCAGCUGGCACGUUCCACACCUCAGCUGGACGAGCACGUGGACGGAAAAGAGCGGCUUCGCGAAAGGGAGAAGUCCUCUCCUGUGCACUACGCCCGAGACGCGCUCAUCUCGCAGGUGAUGGAGGCUGUGCACGGGGUGACCAUCGAGGAGGCUCACGGCGCACUCCAGCGGAAUGAAUGGAACCCGCUGCGGGCUGAGCAGCAACUCAAGAUGGAGCAGCUCUACUCACUGAGUCUGUGCUCGCGAGAGGACUGCUUGCGGAUCCUGUCCAGGUACCAGUGGAACCUGCAGCUAGCCAGCCGCUACCUCAUCCGCUGGUCGCGCGAUGACCGAUCGGCUUCGGGCGAGAGGGAGCGUGCGCAGCUUAGCGGCGAAAGACGGGUGUAAAAAUGCAUUGUCACUUUUCAAAAGACACUCACCGUUUCUUACACUUUUUUUUUUUUUUUUAAAUUUUAUACAUUUUUUAAAUAUUCUAUUCACACAUGUAUUACUGUUGAUGGGACACGUGUUCUUAUUUCCCUUUGUAAUUUGUUCUGUUGAAUAAAUUUGUUGUACAUUAUUCUCAUGAGAUUUGCGACCUUUUUCCACAAAAAAAAAAAAAAAGCUACCUGUGAGUUUACAAAUUUGUACGUACGAUGAUGACUUUUUUUCUUGCAAGACGAUAUUUUGUAUGGGUGCAAACUUUAGUACAACGUCUGAUAAAUUUAUGGCAUUCAUGUCAAUAUCGCUGACGACACACUGCCCCCCCCCCCACACCCCUGUAAUCAGCACCCCAGGUUAAGACGUGUUAAAUGCCUUGAAAUGAAAGCAGAAGCAUCCACACACUGAAAAUGGUCGAAGUUGUUUCCAUGGCCAUCUCAGUCCCCAGACCUCAACCCCAUUGUAAACCUGUGGCAGGGGGGGCUCAAGUGGAGAGGGAUGGUCCAAGAUCCCUUUUUCUGUAUUCUCCCAUCUUGUGAAACAA